GGGCCGUCUAACCGCGAUCUGGCAGAUAAAGAGGAUACAACGCAGAGUGUACCAGCGCCCAGGAUAUGAAUUGAAGAAGCCCACUUAUCUUUCCAAACUUGGACUGCAAGUGAGAAAAGGCAGGGUCACUGAUGUGGAAGGGAAGACCAAAGGGUGUUAUAGCCAACAGAUACAAACUGGAUUUGUUAUUUCAUUCACAAGAACCAAGGGGAAAAGAUCUCAAGUCACACUUGGUUUCAACACACCAAGCCAAACAACUAAUAAACCGCCCACGAAGAAUGAAACUAUUCUGAACUCGUCAUUCUGCAGAUGCAGAUUAUAAUAUUAAGAUAUACACAAAAUUGUAUAAAGUAGACAAUAAGUGACCUUUUAUUGAAAAGAGGAGGAGUCAAAGAUCCUGAAAGGGUUGGGACUGCCUGCAGUCAGUCCCUAGGGAACUUCCUGUUGUCACCACACCUCUGAGUCAUCUGAGCUUACUGUGAGCAAAAUCCCACAGUGGAAACUCUUAAGCCUCUGCGGAGUAAAUCAUUCUUGUGAAUGUGACACACGAUCUCUCCAGUUUCCAUAUGUUGAGAUUCUACUUAUUCAUCAGUUUGAUGUGCUUGUCAAGAUCAGACGCGGAAGAAGCAUGUCCUUCAUUCACCAGGCUGAGCUUUCACAGUGCAGUGGUUGGUACGGGACUAAAUGUGAGGUUGAUGCUCUACACGAGGAGAAACCUGACCUGCGCACAAACCAUCAACUCCUCAGCUUUUGGGGACUUGAAUGUGACCAAGAAAACCACCUUCAUUGUCCAUGGAUUCAGGCCAACAGGCUCCCCUCCUGUUUGGAUGGAUGACUUAGUAAAGGGUUUGCUCUCUGUUGAAGACAUGAACGUAGUUGUUGUUGAUUGGAAUCGAGGAGCUACAACUUUAAUAUACACCCAUGCCUCUAGUAAGACCAGAAAAGUAGCCAUGGUCUUGAAGGAAUUUAUUGACCAGAUGUUGGCAGAAGGAGCUUCUCUUGAUGACAUUUACAUGAUCGGAGUAAGUCUAGGAGCCCACAUAUCUGGGUUUGUUGGAGAGAUGUACAAUGGAUGGCUGGGGAGAAUUACAGGCCUCGACCCUGCAGGCCCUUUAUUCAACGGGAAACCUCACCAAGACAGAUUAGAUCCCAGUGAUGCGCAGUUUGUUGAUGUCAUCCAUUCCGACACUGAUGCACUGGGCUACAAGGAGCCAUUAGGAAACAUAGACUUCUACCCAAAUGGAGGAUUGGAUCAACCUGGCUGCCCCAAAACAAUAUUGGGAGGAUUUCAGUAUUUUAAAUGUGACCACCAGAGGUCUGUAUACCUGUACCUGUCUUCCCUGAGAGAGAGCUGCACCAUCACUGCGUAUCCCUGUGACUCCUACCAGGAUUAUAGGAAUGGCAAGUGUGUCAGCUGCGGCACGUCACAAAAAGAGUCCUGUCCCCUUCUGGGCUAUUAUGCUGAUAAUUGGAAAGACCAUCUAAGGGGGAAAGAUCCUCCAAUGACGAAGGCAUUCUUUGACACAGCUGAGGAGAGCCCAUUCUGCAUGUAUCAUUACUUUGUGGAUAUUAUAACAUGGAACAAGAAUGUAAGAAGAGGGGACAUUACCAUCAAAUUGAGAGACAAAGCUGGAAACACCACAGAAUCCAAAAUCAAUCAUGAACCCACCACAUUUCAGAAAUAUCACCAAGUGAGUCUACUUGCAAGAUUUAAUCAAGAUCUGGAUAAAGUGGCUGCAAUUUCCUUGAUGUUCUCUACAGGAUCUCUAAUAGGCCCAAGGUACAAGCUCAGGAUUCUCCGAAUGAAGUUAAGGUCCCUUUCCCAUCCGGAGAGGCCUCAGCUGUGUCGGUAUGAUCUUGUCCUGAUAGAAAACGUUGAAACAGUCUUCCAACCUAUUUUUUGCCCAGAGUUGCAGUUGUAACUGUUGCCAGGACACAUGGCCAUCAAUAAUAGAAAGAAAGCUACAACCACAGGCUGUUUGAAAACUUCACCUCACCUUUUCUGCAAGGCAGAAAAAGUAUGAAAAAAACCAAGGCUUUUUUCAGUAGCGUCCUAUGGAUGUCACAUCGUACAUCAAACAACCUUGUGAUUAUAAAACGAUCCUGGGAAGGGAGCCCCUAACUAGGGCAAGUCAGAAAUAGCCAGGCUCGCAGCAGCCCAGCGCUGUGUCUGCUGUGUCCUGGGGCCUCGUUUGUUCUGACCUGUCAAUUCUGCUGCCUGUCAUGCGGGUGGUUCUGCCCAUCGCGGCUGCGGGUCAAGCAUCUUCAAGGGAAGGACGGACUGGAGGCCUCACCGUGGACUCAACUCUGCAUUCUCCGUGUCACAUUCCUCCAGUUCCCACACGUAGAAGGGAACGAAACUGACGUCUACCUCAUGGGGCUGCUGUGUGGGUUUGGGAGGCAAAUAUCUAUGAAGGGUUUUUUGAAAUCCCAUAGGUGCCACAUCUAUGAGAUGUUUGAUAAAUGUGAAUAUGCUUUUAC